AUGUUUCACCCACUCGACCCUUUAUCUCCAACGGAGCACAGCAAGGCUAGCCAGCUGCUGAAGGAUUACCAUGUCGCCGUUCCAAUCCGAUUCAAGGUCAUCGAUCUUUUGGAGGCACCAAAAGCGUCCCUGCUGGCUUAUCUUCAUGAUAAAACAGCGACGGUGAAGCCCCCAUCUCGCAAGGUCUAUGCAUACUAUGUCAAGACUGGCAAUAGUACCAUGCGUAAAGCUAAGAUCGACAUUACCAAUGGAAAAGUUGAGUCGGACAUUGAGUGUCCCGAAAUCCAAGGCCCUGCAGACAUCGACGAAAUCGACCGUGUCUACCGGAUGUGCAAUGAACAUCCGGCAGUUCAGGCGGAAAUCAAAAAGCUCAAGCUCCCAAAAGGUGCAUUUGUCACCAAUGAUCCAUGGACCUUCGGCACCGACAACGCAAAUGAGCGAAGAAGAUUGUACCAAUGCUACAUGUACAUUGUUCUCAACGACGAUCCUGAGGCUAAUCAUUAUUCUCUGCCUGCCCCUUUCGCGCCGAUCUUCGAUGUGGAUACAUGGGAGCUGUUGGAAAUCCAAAAGCUGCCAUUGGGGGUUGGCCCCGAGCUUGAAGUUGACACUCAGCCGUGGAAUCCCGUCAAGGCGGUGGAAUACAGCAAGACACUCUUGGGAAAUGAAUAUUUCCGAAAAGAUCUCAAGCCUCUUCAUGUUGUGCAGCCUUCUGGUCCGUCCUUCAACAUCGACGGCCGUAAAAUUACUUGGCAGAAAUGGUCAUUCCACCUGGGCUGGACGGUUCGCGAAGGACCUGUUUUGAACAAUGUACACUAUGAUGGUCGUUCCUUGUUUCAUCGUGUUUCAAUGAGUGAAAUGACUGUUCCAUACGGCGACCCACGGUCGCCUUACCACCGCAAACAAGCCUUCGAUCUCGGCGACUCUGGCUUUGGCAUUACCUCAAACACAUUGACGCUGGGAUGCGACUGCUUGGGCCACAUUGCAUACUUUGAUGGUGUCAGGACCUCUGGAAAUGGGGAGCCAGUCGUCAUGAAGAAUGUUAUCUGCAUGCAUGAAGUAGAUAAUGGCAUCGGUUGGAAGCACACCAAUUUCCGUAAUAACCAGGCAUCCAUGGUUCGGAAUCGCCAGCUGGUCAUUCAAUGCACUGCAACUGUCAUGAACUAUGAAUAUAUUCUGGCCUUUGUGUUGGACCAAGCGGCAAAUCUCCACGUGGAAGUCAAGGCCACGGGAAUUGUCUCCACGAUGCCUAUCCGCGAGGGCAUACACUCUCCAUGGGGAACUGUGGUUGCACCAGGCGUGCUUGCGGUAAACCACCAACAUCUGUUCUGUCUUCGAAUUCAUCCGGCUUUGGAUGGAAAUAAAAACACAGUCGCCUAUGAUGAUAUGCUGCCUGUUCGUGAUGAGCCGGAGCUGGAUCCAUUUGGGUGUGCUUUCCGAGUACAGACUACCCCAGUCACCAAAUCUGGAGCAUAUGAUCUGGACCUCACCAAGUCACGGACCUAUCGAAUUUUCAACACCCAGCACAUCAAUGCUGUCUCUGGCAAGCCCGUUCGAUACAAAUUACACGCAUCACCUAGCCAAAUGCUCAUGGUGGGGUCGCACACCUUCAACUAUAAGCGCGGCCACUUUUCAACCAAGCCAAUAUGGGUCACGAAGUAUCGAGAAGAGGAGCUAUGGGCAGCUGGAGAGUUCACUAACCAAAGCCGACAAGAUAGCGGUCUGGCAGUUUGGGCGAACCGCAAAGAUUCUGUGGAUAACGAAGACAUUGUUCUCUGGCACUCAUUUGGUGUCACCCAUGUAACUCGACCGGAAGAUUUCCCUGUGAUGCCAGUUGAGACAAUGAAUGUCUCUUUGAAGCCCACUAGCUUUUUUGAGCUCAACCCAUCUAAUGAUGUCCCCAGAUCCGACCAAACCCAGAAUCGUUCCUCUUUGGUUGAGCACCAGUCGGUCGCCCCGGAAGAAUCUGCCAGAGGAAAAUGGAAAAAUCAAACAGCUCCGACAUCGACGAUUUCCUCUACGCCACAGCAUCAAGUGCAGGAGGUGACAGAGACUAUGGAGAGAUCUAAGCAUUUUCCACCAAAUGAAAAUACCUUAGUGGAUAACCAGGAGCCUCCAUUCGGUAUUGGUUUGUCGGAUCCUGCAAUGAGCCAGGCUUCAUCACCGGAUAUUUCUGAGGCCUGGCCCCCACUGGAUCAUAGAGCCGUAGAGCUUGAUGAUACAUUGAUGCUCGAUCGAACAGAGAUGCUUCUCAUACACUACGAUCGCGAGAUAUGCCCUCAUCAAAUUGCGCUGACAGUAAAUGAUGCAAAUAAUCCAUAUCGGAAGUUUAUUCUGCCAUUAGCGUACGAGCAGGUUGGAUUAUUGUAUGCUCUGUUGGGCAUCACGGCAUUUCAUCUGGGAACGGCGAAAGAAGAUAGUUAUCUGCGGGAUACCCUAGCAGUUGUAUACCGAUUGAGGGCUAUUCGGUCCCUGGCUGACACCAUUGAAGCUGGCAUUUCAGGGACUAUUCACGAAAAUGAGCGAGACGCACUGUUUGCAACUAUUCAAAUCCUUCUCCUUCAGGACAAUGAAAAACGCGCAGUGUUCUUUUUAGGCAAUCUGGCAUGGCUGGAUAUCGUUAGAUCAUUUGCAAACCCGAGUCGUCUUUCAUUUUCUAAAGAGCUGCGCGAAACUAUAUCCUCUUUGAGUGAUAUCAAAUUUGAGCAGGUCAAUGGAUGCCCACGCAAAUUGUUUUUGCUUAUGGGAGAUAUUUUGGAACACGCAAAAUCACAUUCCUUGGGAGAGCUCGUUGACUCUGAAUAUAAGCAGCUGCUAGAGGAUGCUCGAUUUAAGCUUCACUCAUGGGAUGUAAAUGAUGGAAAAUACCCAAAUGACGACCAGCGAUGGAUGGCAGUUGCCGAAGCUUUUCGACACGCAUGCAUACUAUAUACAUCCCGAUUGAUAGACAUGUACCAACCGGCAGAAGCAGCCAUAAUCCAGAGCUCGGUUACGGCGAUAUUAGAUUCUGUGGCUGAGAUUCCUGCCGACUGCUACCUGAUUGAAUUGCUAGUCAUGCCACUUUUCAUGGCUGGAACCGACGCACUAUCCCGACAUGCACGCCACUACGUUUUGCUGCGAUUAGACCAUAUCAAGUCGAUGGCCGGAGUUGGUAAUGACUUGACAAGAGCUCUACUCAAAUCUGUCUGGGAUGCUCGAGAAGAUCAAGAAAAGUAUGAUAGCCGCAAUAUUCCUUGGGUGUGGUUUGCGCGUAAUACUACGUCAAAUCAAGAGAACGACUAUCUUAUCAUAUGA